UGUUCGUGUUCGUUAUUUGUUCAAAUGGAAGCUGCAAAUCUUCAUCUUGCACGUAGAGGACAAAAAUAAUUAAAAAAAGAGAGGCCAGUGCCUGUUGGAUGAUGGUGGUGCCCGGGAAUGCCCCGGUGAUCCAGCAAGACCACGUUCUGGAGCCCGAGCUGGGCAGAGCCCCCCCGGAACACCCGGCCAUGGGCCCCGGCACGGAACCCGCGCCCCAGGAGGUGGGCCCGGAGCUGGCGGAGGUGAGGAAGCUUCGGGAGCUGGUGAGGAGGCUGGAGCUGGAGAACCAGCACCCCAGGAGCAAGAGCAGCAGGAACGUGCUGGGGACGAGCGUGGCGGGCGACAACGCCGGCCUCAACGGCACGGAGCUCAACAACAGCAUCAACGCCAUGGCCGACAAGCAGGAGCUGCAGAUCAUGGCGGAUCUGCACAGCCAGCUGAGCAAAAUGAGGCAGGAGGAAGGAGAGGACAACUGCUUCAGAAGAGCCAUGGAUGCCCAGAGGGAAUACAGCUGCAACAGUGCCCCCCAGGAGGAGGUGCCUCCCAAGGAUGGCAUCGACAGGUGCUCCUCCUGCGUGGAUGCGAGGAACGGCUCGGAGCUGCUGGGGAUCCAUCCCACGGCCAGAAUCCACGAGCAGGAUCCCAGGGAAAAGUGUGCAGACCUAGAGAGCCUUUCAAACAACGCAGAUCUGGACGAAGUGAAAGUGUUAGAACUUGAGAACUGCACUGAGGAGGAGGAUUGCUGGCUCUAUGUGUCCCCAAGGAAAUCUGCAGAGGAGAAAACAUCCUCCCCCCUCAAAUGGUGCCGGCAGGUGCUGGAUAAUCCCAGUCCUGAGAUCGAGGCAGCCUGCAGGACCCUCAUCAACAGGCUGGACCAAGCCAGUAGAUGGAAAAACCUGUAUUGCAGCCCCCUGGCAUCUCCCAACUUGAAUUCAGAGCCAGGCUCCUGUAGCAAUGCACUAAACUCUCCCGGGCACCUCAAAUCGACUAACAAAGCACUACUAACCUGUGGCAGCUCAGGGUACCUGAGCAUGCACUCGGCGCUGAGCUCCCAGUCGUCGGUGGACAGCGAGCUGAGCACCUCGGACGACUCCAUCUCCAUGGGGUACAAACUGCAGGACCUCACGGAUGUCCAGGUCAUGGCACGCCUUCAGGAAGAGAGCCUGCGGCAGGACUGCGCCUCCAGCUCCGCCUCCGUGUCCCGGCGCAGCUCCAGCGCGUCCCUGCACUCCCUGCGCCGCGGCACCUACAGCGACCAGGAGUUCGACACCUACAGCCUGGAGGACGAGGACGACUACGACUGCUCCCUGUCCUUCCGCAGCGCCCACCGGUACUCCCCGUCCCCGCUGAGCUCCCCUCGCUGCCAGUCCCCCUCGUCCAGCGUGGAUUACGGGAGGGGCUCCGGCCCCCGGCUCCGCGCCCCGCGCAGGGCGGGCAACGGCACCGUGCAGGACCGGCUCAAGUACGCCAACAGCGAAGAGGAGCUGAGGCACAGCAUGCCCAACCUGGCCAGGAGCAGCCUGCGCGCUCUCGACUCCGUGAGGAGCAGUCGCAGCCUGGAGUCCGACCUGCAGGUGCCCAGCAGCCGGAUUCCCAGGACUCAGCAGCGGUCAGCAGGUCUGACUCCCAGCAAGCUCAGGUAUUCCUCGGGUGCCGGGCAGUCCCCACUGACGGUGCGACCGCCUGUCAAGGCCGGCUCGGGCACCAACUCCCUGCUGGCCACCAGGCAGGCGGUGAAACCCUGCAGCUACACGGCCCCUGGCUCUGCAGUCAGGAAGCCACAGGCCCCUUCGCUUCACACGGGCUCUCCCAGCACCGGUUGCACUUCCAGAACCACCACCAUGGUCACCGGGGCCAAAAAUUCCGCCCUGAAGGCGCGAACGGCCGUGGGAGGGAUGGCGGUGCCCAAGGGAAAGGCGACGGCCCCGGCCAGGAGGUUCCUUCAGUCGGCACAGACCCCCCCGGCCCCCGAGGAUGACUCCUGGAAGGAUGGGUGCUACUGACCCCCCAAAACACCUCCGUGGAGCAGAGCCCCAGCUGGCUGGGCAUCACCUCCCUGGGCAAGGAGCCUCCAGCCCCCUCUCCCUGCAGACUCCUGUACAUAACUCCUCACAUUCCUGGGAAGCGUCCCCACCUCCUGCUCUGCCAAGAGCCCGACCUCGCCGCGGUGGGACCGGCAACGCCUUCCACCCACCACGAGUCUUCCCCAGGAAGACUGAAAAUGGCCUUAUUUCAUCUGCCCCCCCUGCCUGCAGCCCUGGGGAAGGUCUGUCACCCCCACCCUGGGCUGUGACCCUGCUCCUGAGGGUGCUGGGAAGGCUGGGGGGGUCCUCUCUGUGCCAGGAAGCAGCUCUGAGCCGGUGCUGUGGGGAGACUAGAAAUAGUGACCUAGGUGUUAGAAUUAAGACUUUUUAAAAUCCAACCUGACGUGCUCUAAUAUUUGUCUGAAACUCAACUGUUUUGGAGUUUAUUUUUUUGUUUGUUUGUUUGUUUGUUUUUUUACUUCUGUAUAGAAUGUAUUUCUGCUACUUUUUAUUGUUUGGUCUAGAGCUGCAGCAGGUUUUUAUAACUGUAGAACACUUCAAACUGUUGUAUGCAGGUGUCAGCACAGGCCACGAGUGAAGGAGCAGUACACAAUAUUUGUGUGGGGUGUGAACAGGCAGGGACAGGGGGAUGCCAGUUCCAAACUGCUGCUUCCCAGCACCACCUUACUUACCUCAGCUGAGAGGAGGUGACCACCAGGUAAGAGCAAAAACUUUUUUUAAAAAAGAAAUAACCCUCCCUGACAGCUUUGGCUUGAAGUGUUUGAUCUCUCAGCUGGUUUCCCAACUGCCCUGACUUUUGUAGAAGUUUUUUUACUGUCUCUUAAGGAUUCUAUUCCGGUGUCCUUCUCCUCAGCAAGUGCUGGAUGCUCCAAACACAGUCUUAGUCCAGGAAAUAUGCACUGAUAGCAAUGUUCUCCCUGCCAUCAAUGUGACCUUGAAAUAGUGUAGUUUAAUAAAAUGUUAUGGUGCUGAACGAGAUCUGCUUUAUUCCAAC